AUGUGACUUUUCCUGACUACGCAUUUUCAAUGCAGUACUUUUAAUUGCAAUGAAGUAUUUUUAGAUUGUGGUUUCCGUACUUCGUCACACGUUCCUCCCAUUAAGCUGAAGUGCAGCGGACCCUGACGAUCUGUCUCGGCCCCAUCCGCCUGACAACGCUGUACUUCGUUUGCGUUACUCGGAAAUAGUGUCAGAGUGAGAGCUCUGUCUCUCCGUGUCCGCCUCUGCGCAGCACUCCUCUCUGAGUUAGCCGCUACGUCUCCUCCUCCGCUAGCUUAGCCUGCCAGCUAGCAGCCCGGGCGAACCAUGGCCAUGUCGCAGGCUCUGUCAGAGGAGGAGUUCCAUCGGAUGCAGGCUCAGCUGUUGGAGCUGCGGACUCAGAACUAUCAGCUGUCUGAUGAUCUCAGGAAGAACUCAGCAGAACUGAAUGCCGUCCGUCAGAAGAAUGUUGUUCUGGAAAGAGAUUUUGUCAAAGCACAAAAGGCUCUGAAUAAAAGCAAGAAAGCUCAGGAGGUGGAAGCUUUGCUGAGUGAGAAUGAGAUGCUUCAAGGAAAACUUCACAGUCAGGAGGAAGAUUUCAGACUCCAGAACAGCACACUGAUGACUGAACUCUCCAAGCUGUGUAUGCAGAUCGAACAGCUGGAAAAGGAGAACCAAGGCCUGAAGGAGGGAGGAGGAGCCUCUGCAUCCACUCACCAGCCCAACCCCACCUCCUCUCCUGUUGAUGGCGAAGUGCUCCGUCUCCAGGCCGAAAACUCCACCCUCCAGAAGAAAAUGAAAGCCCUCCAGGAGCGCUAUGACAAACAGGUGGUCGCCCAGGGAAACCAGAGCGCUACCACGGAGACCGAUGGGUCAGCCAGCGCCAACGGAGUCUCUGAUGUCACAGGGAGAGGGAAGGAGCCAGUGGCAGAGGGAACCAAUGAGAGACUAGAGCCGACGGAGGCUCAGCCGGAUCCGACAGAGAAACAGCUGCAUGGCCUGUCAGAGAAGAGCGUAGAGAAGAUUGUAGCUAAGCAGGCAGCGCUAGGCUGGUCGGCUGCUCUCUGUCCAAUAACUCACUGCUUUGGACCAGAGCUGGAGAUGGCACUGAACACCGAGCAGGAGGAGAAGAGGCUGCUGAAGGAACAGAUCCACAACCUCGAGGCGUCCAAACAGGCUGAAAUCACUAAACUGCAGGAAGAGAUCACAAAGCUGUCUGACAGGUUGAAGAAGAAGCAGGAGAGUUUUCAGCGUCUGCAGGGAGAAAAGGAGGCUCUGUACAACGACAGCAGAACAAAGAUUGAUGAGAUCAACCAGAGGAAAGAAGAGGAACUGAAGACCACGAACAUCCGCAUCCAGAAGCUGCAUUCAGACCUAAUGGUAGCCAAUCAGAUGUCCGCAGAGCUGAGAGAACAGCUACAGAGCAAAGAGAGGGAGCAUGAACUGGCUGUGCACAGUUUGAAGGACCAGGUAGCCAGUCAGAGUGCAAUCAGUCAGGAGCAGGUGGACAACAUCCUGCAAGAGAACGAUGCUCUGAGGACAAACCUAGCAGCUCUAGAACAGGAGAACAAUGCUCUGAGGACUAACCUCUGCGCUCUUGAACAGAUCCAGACGGUGAAAACACAAGAGAUGAAUCUGCUGCGUGAGCAGCAGGAGGCGCUGACAAGCGAGCUGCAGCAGAGGCAAGCUGAACAGGAGAGUCUGUUAGCUCAGAGAGACGACCUGGACUCCCAGCUGCAGGAGUCAAGUUUUGCAAACAGGAAGUUGUUAGAGCAGUUAACAGAAGAAGGACAAGAGAAGGACAGACUCCUGAGAGAGCUGGAUGAGGCUAAGAAGACGGCAGAGAAGAGGAAGGCCAUGUUGGAUGACAUGGCCGUGCAGCUGACCCAGGAGAAGUCCGACCACAAGGAGGCGCUGUCAGACCUCAAACUGCAGCAUGAGAAGGAGGUUCUCGGGGUGAGGGCUCGGUAUGAGAAGGAGCUCAGAGGACUCCACGAAGAUAAGAAUCGCUCUGAGGAGGAGAUCAGACAGCAGCUAAGGGAUGAGAAGGCUCGUGCUAAAGAGCUGGAGAGUCUUCAGCCAAAGGUGGAGGAGUUACAGGCUCAGGUUCAGUCCAUGGAGGGUACCAAAGGAUGGUUCGAGAGACGACUCAAGGAGGCUGAGGAGAACAUAGAGAAGAACUCACUGGAACAUCAGGAAGAGAUCAAGCGGUUGCAGAAAGAACACACACUUCAGCUGGAGGAGAAGCAGUUGGAGAUGGAGGGACUGAAGCAGCAGCUGGUGGAGGUGGAGAAACAGAGGGAGGAACACGGUGACACCAUUGGAAAACUCAAACAGGAGAUCAAGGACACUGUGGACGGUCAGAGGAUCUUAGAGAAGAAGGGAAGUGCUGCGCUGAAGGACUUGAAGCGGCAGCUGCAGCUGGAGAGGAAGCGAGCAGACAAACUGCAGGAGAGACUCCAGGAGAUAUUAACCAACAGCAAGACCAGAACAGGUCUGGAGGAGCUGGUCCUGUCGGAGAUCAACAGUCCCAGUCGGACUCAGCAGACCGGAGACUCAUCCUCUGUCUCCUCCUUCUCCUAUAGAGACAUGAUGAAGGAGCCUCAGCCGACCAAUCAGAACAAGUCCGGAGGAGGAAGUCCCCAGUCUCAGCGUCCCGCAGACUUAUCCGACGACGAGGUUGGGGAGUUGUUCCAGCGUCUCGCUGAGGUUCAGCAGGAGAAAUGGAUGCUGGAGGAGAAGGUGAAACAUCUGGAGGUGAGCUGUUCUUCGAUGGCUGAGGACAUCUGCAGGAAGAGCGCCAUCAUAGAGACAUAUGUGAUGGACAGCCGCAUUGACGUGUCGGGCGGUGCCUUCGCAGGUCACGGAGGCUUUCAGGGAGACAGAGGUGGUCUGGGCUCCGUCCUCAGGGACCUGGUGAAGCCAGGAGACGAGAAUCUGAGGGAGAUGAACAAGAAGCUGCAGAACAUGUUGGAGGAGCAGCUGACGAAGAACAUGCACAUGCAGAAGGACCUGGAGGUUUUGUCCCAGGAAUUAGUCCGUCUCAGUAAAGAUAACGGUCCUGGAGGCGGUGCAGCUGGGUCGGGAUGAGAGUAUCACCUGAGUCCAACCCGUCCGUUUCCUUCCCUCUCACUACUCCUACUCUUGGCUCAGACUUAAACCUGGAACCGGCAUUUCUUUCUUUCCCUUUUGGGAGCCUAAGACCUGCUGUGGGCUUGGACUACUGUCUGGAUCUAUUCGGAUGUCAACACUUCAGUCUGCCUGCUGGGUUAUGACUAAAUGCAUUGUAUUGUAUUCCAAAGACAUGAGGAAACAGUAAGAAACUAAAGAAACUGAGGGAAUGGAAACAUGAAACUUUGGGCUCUGCUCUUUUAUGUUGCUGUUGAAUGUACUGUAAUUAGACUGCACCACUCUGUCAAGUCCUGGCUAUAACUUGGAAACCACAUUGUCCCUGACUGUAAAUCUUGGUUUCUGUCUGAUGUCUGUUGGGUCCUGCCUAUGUCCUGGAAAAUACACCAGCCUGGUGUCUCAACUGAUUGAAUUACUUUAUUGGUUUCUAUGUGCAGUAACUCUCUCGUAAUCUGGCUAUAUACUGGGGCUUCCUGUCAACAACACUGGGGUCUGGCUAUGUUUUGGAGUGUCUGAAACUGGAACUGUAGCUUAAGUUUUGUCCUUCAUCUCAGAAACAGCAGUUUGACAUGCAAAGGGCGUCGCUCUUUGUUGUUUUUCUGAGCUUUCUAAUGUAUCUCCUCCUUAGCUUCAACAGCAGAUGCGUUUUUUGCUUAGAUGUGAUGGAGACUGAUUAGUUUUAUCAACGCGACUGAUGUUUCAUGUUCGGGUCAGGUGACGCUCAACAGAGCAAAGGGCAGCUGCUGCUGAAGAACAUGAGAUGAGGCUGAGAGUAACAGGAGCUUUUUUCAUGGACUCUAUAUGGUUCAGCUGUUUGUCUGUUGGUUUACAUGUGACUAUGCCCUGGGCUACAGCAAAGCACCCAGCGUUACACACACACACACACACACACACACACACACGGCCGUCGCUCAAGGUUGCUGUAUCUCGAGGUGUCGAUAAAAUAUUAUUCUCUGACUUCAAACACUGAAGGCCAUUCUGUCGUUAAUGAACCGUUUGACAUUUACACACACUUGUUUCCGAGACAGAUCCUGGAUCGUCCUCAGUGUGAAGCUUCAGCUGUGGUCAUCAGCAGCUGAGUCGACACAUCAAUAAGCUAAAAAAAAAAAAAAUCAGUCUGGUGUUGGACGUCUGAAUAUCCGCCCACGUCUCAGAUUCAAGCGGUGCAUGUGUGAUUCCCCACGUGGAGGAACAUCCGAGCCAAUCAGAGCCUGUCGGCAGGAUUCAGAGAUUAGUCUUCUCCAUAGAUGCGUAUAUUGCCGUGUAUGUAGGGCUGAGGAAAUAUUAACAGUCUAUGUAUAUUUGUCUAUGGACUUCCAUAAUUAGGGAGCUCCAUCCAUGAAAAACAUCAACAGAGGGACGUCCAUGAGAGAUGGUGUGUGUGUUAAUAGGCCAUGGCUAUGUCAUGGAGCACAACCACACUGACCUCUUAUGUUAACUGUUUUUUUAUGUUUGUGUCAGGCUCUUUUUUUUUUACUCUUCACACACUCUGGGAUGCAAAAUGGCUCAUGAAUUGUUUCCUAUCUCUUGUAUGAUGAGGGAUUUUUAUUCAAAGACGGUUUUAUGAAUUAACCGAUUAAAUUAGAUGAAACUUUUUUUUUUAAAUAUCAAAAUUGGAAGAAAUUUAUAAAAGUUGGAUCUUAAAAAGUGAGAUAAAAUCAUGUCAUACUUUGAAUGUGGGAACAGAACCAAAAGAGGAUCAUUCAGCUUCAAAGAUGCUGCUAUAAAAAUAAAGAAGAUGGUGAGCGGUAUUGUUCAGUUUUUCUUUGUGGCUUGUGUCCGUGAUGCAAAAUGGCUUCAUGAAAACGUAAUGAUCUCUGUGUCUCUGCUUUUCUUUGGUUUUUGGUUUAUUGUAUUAUUUUUUUUUUUUUAAUGCUCAGCCUUUUAUCUCCAGGGUCGUGUCUUAUGCCUUGAAUUACAUGACCUGUAAUCUAUCUUGCACUGGUAACUUUUUGUGACUAUUUCCAUCCUCAACCGGGGACACCAAAUGGUGCAGUUAAAAAAAAAAGUGAAAGUUAGUCCCCCGUCGGCUAGGUCUACUUUCUGCUUGAAAUAACUUGUCAUUUUGACUCUAUCUUUAAAUCUACGUCAGCUUUCUGUGAUUUUGUUAAAAAAAACAACACCAAACUGAACUUUGAAAGUGACAAACACUUUCCGUCUGCUUUUCUUCUGUUUUUCUUUUUUGUUUUGUUUUUAUGUUUGCUGCAUGGCAUUUGACUACGUCAGACUAUGUCCUGGGCGUUGUGAUGUGUCGUAGCAUUAUGACCUGUGCGUCUCUGCAGGAGAGCUCAUCUUCAGUCAGAUGGAGACUCGUUCUGAAAACGACUCGUUCACAGUGCAGCUCCACUCGUUCGGAAGAAGCAAUCACUUUAUGUUGAGACCAAACUUCACACACAUUAUUAUAGGUUUGAUUCAUGGAAAUGAACUGGAAAUAUUAUUUUUUUAAAUUGGACAGUGAAUAUGUUUGAUUUUAAUAUUUGAUGUAGUAUCAGAAACUGGUUGAGCUGCACUGAAAACACUGAAUCGUUUUCGUUCUCUCUGGGUCCGAGUCUUCACAGCUUUGACUUGGUGUGAAUGGUCUUUGUUCUGGGCAGUGACUCGGCCAGUUGUUUUGUUUGUAACUGUUUAAAUCUGUAUAUACUGUACACGCUGUCACAUUCUAACUGUAUGAAGAAUCAGCUGAGCUAUUUAUGAGACUUGUGACGAUGACAACGCUAAUUAUUCUAACAACAAGGAAAAACCAUAAAAUAUCGUCUGAGAAGUUAACGUGUCUGUUUUUUUCACCUUAAUUACAUCAGCUAAUUAUUUGUAUAUGAAGAUAAUGAGAUUAAAUAAUAAUUCAGUC